AUGAUUGCAACUGCUGUGCGAACCUUCUCGACGCUCAAGCGUGUCAAACCAUACUUGCGCAAUGCGAUAGGCGAUGAAAGGUUGAAUAGUUUGGCAAGCAAAGUGAAGGAAGCUGAAAACCUCAUCGCUAAAGGAGCCGACCCUAAUAUUGGAAAUAAUUUUAAUGAGACAGCUCUGCAUUAUGCCGCUAUGAAAGGUCACAAGAGCGUCACUGAAGUUCUCAGCCGUAAAGCGAACGAUCUUGAUAUUAAAAAUAAUUUUAAUCAGACACCUCUUCAUUUGGCAGCUAUUAAUGGUGAGGUUGACUAA